UGAAAGCACAGCAAUGGCUUGCGUGCUGAAAGUUGCGACGGCUGCAUUUGCCCUUUUUGCUGCAGCAAAACUGUGCAAUGCAUGCGAAGGAGGUUCUAAGAACACGUCAACGAACGUCUUCCAAGAGUUUUGGCAGGGAAACGAUGGUGUAUGGACGCUUCUGUACACUGAUAGUAUAGUAACUUCCUGCAAGUGGCAGAAACCAACAGAAAUUUCCGAAACUAAUGUCACGAUCAACACAUCAUAUAUAUCUGGCAAAGAUCCAGUGAAUACAGAGUACACUUGGUAUUUCCUUGGUAAUGAAUCCAUGUCACGGCAAGCAGGAACUGAAAAGACUCACCGUGAGGACGCGCAUCUGCUCUAUGCAGAUCCUAACAAAACCUGCGCUGUGGUCAUGUAUGUGCAGUUUUGGAACCAUGGGGCGAAUGUCCCGACCGAUGGCCUACGUUGUAGGCUACAACCGAACAGAACCUACCUCUGCCUAGGUCGCACUUUUCACGAGCUGCUCUCGACAGCUAAGAAUAUUGAGAAAGUGCCCAAUUGCUUACAAAAAUAUAACGAGGAAAUAGCAAAAAUUCCAGGAGAAAAGGAGGACCUAAAGACGGGCUAUACUAAGGAGUUGUGCGAGAAGAGUGCACACGGACCUUCAUCCACCCCAUCAAGAACAGCAUGAGGGAUUAGUUUGUUUCUUCAGCGCUAAUAAAGGCACAUGACCCAGGC